GCAAAUUCCAAACUUGACAGUUGACCGUUUAAAACAAAAUCGAAAAUUUCAAAAAAACGGUUCGCGUUUUCGGAUUGAUUGUAAUUCUCAUCGUGAAUUAUCUAGGUUAAGUGUUGUGAACAAGCCAUGCCUGCCGAAGUCUCGCCCGUCAGCAACCUCGCGAACGUGUACGCGUUUCUGCGCAACACGUACGAAUCGACAGACUUCCUGCUGGCGCCGGCCCCGACCUACGUCCACUCGCUGGCCGAGGUCGAUUCCAAGAUCGUGUUCGUGUACAAGUACGACGAGCUCCGGGGGAAGGCAAUGCUGUCGGAUGGGAACUACUUUAGUUCCAAGACCAGUCCGGACACGUCGGCGCCGGCGAAGGAGCUGGAUUUGACGGGGUCACCGCUGAAGGACGAUGUUAAGCUGGAGGAUUUGGAUUUGUCCGAUGACGGGGGGGAGGGUUUGGUUGUGCUGGAGAACGCUUGGUUGCAGAAGGAGGAGUGUUACGCGCCGAUUCCGGUUGAGCAGGCGCGGUCGAUUUUGCAGGAGGUGUUGAACAGCGUUGGGGGUGGGAUUGCCGGAAGUGGUCAGCUGUGGGCGCUGUGUGAUGGGAAGGACAUGGACGGGACGCUGCUGCUGCAGGUUGAGCUGAAUGGAGGGGGACGUGGGUUUGUUCGGGGGGCGGUGAAAUUGUUGGGGUACUUUCCGGAGGAUCAGCUGACCAUGGCCAAGUUUCAGCGGAUUCACGAAUCGAGAGCGCCUGGGCUGGGGAAGGAUCUCGAAUCGAGCAUCGAACUGUGGUACAAGAUUCAGUCCCACAUCAGUAUUAAGCUGCGUUGGAUUACGCGGUCGGAACAACCUUCGUUUUGCAUCAACAAAAAAGCGGACAUAAUUUUGCGGCAGGCGAUCCGGGUUAGCGAGACCCAAUCCGUGGCCAAGUACUUUUGGAGUCAGCUGCACCUGCUUGAGACGAUUAAGGAGCGAAUUCUGCAGAUUAGGGCUGAUCCGGCGAGGGGUCCUUCGGCGAUGGACGAUGAGGGCUUUGCGGGGGCCUUGGACGUGGACGUGAUCAAGGACAAGGUGCAGAAGAUUUUGACCGAGUUUUACAUCGUCGAGCCGAGUGCGGACUUUAAGCUGACCCAAAUCGGAUCGAUCGUGGAGAGGGUGAAGAACCGUACGGCGACCGACGUGACGGACCGUCUAUGGAGCGUGCUGAAAUAUUGUUGCGGCUACGACGACUUGAAGGAGGUCCUGACGUACAUUUUCAAGACGGCUUCCCGGAGCAACCUUGCCAACAUCCCCAGCAACAGCAACCACCUGGCCGAAUUGAUCAAAUCUAUCGCCCAGCGCCGUCUCGCCAUCCCAAUCCUCACCGGUUCCGAACCGCUCGAACUCCUCCUCGAAAUCGGCCUCGAAAAGCUGCUCAAAGACUUCCAGAUCAUCUUCCACGAGAGCAAAAUUUGCCACCUCGACCUAGCCAACGUAGGCAAAGCACCCACAGCCGGCGCCGGCGGCCCCAACGACUCCUCCGCCAACUCCCGCGCGUCCAGCAUGCGCAAAUCCAUGUACGAAGCCGUCCCCGCGGGAACUUCCACCCUACUAUCCGGUGUGGGAACCGACGACGGCGGCGCCGUCCGCAACAGCUACUUCAACGCGGGCGAAGCGAACCUCAAAAUCGGAAAGCUGACCCAGGUUCAGCUGCUCCUAGAGCACCUGCUCUCGAUCGAGGCCCACCUCAAGCUGACCAGCAUCUACCCGCAGGUGGCGGAAGAGUACUUUGCCCGGCCGGUCAUCAGCUUCGAGGAAGUUCUUGCGCGCAAAACCGAUCAACUUGAAAUCCCGAUUCUGAACAAUAAGGUGAUUGAGUUGGUGGAAAAUUCGACGCCGUACAUUCGGCGGGUCGCGAUGACCACGCGGAGUAAGUUCCGCACGGUGCAGAGUACGUUUUACCAGAGCACGGAGCCGAUUCUGCCGACGACGCAGUUUGCCCAGUUGAAGACCGGCGAAGGAGGGGAGGUGAAGAAUGCGUACUGGUGCCUCGAGUACACGAAGGUGGCGAAUAAUUGAGGAGAGAAGGAGAGGGAGUUAUUGUAAGUACCUUGUGUGUGUGAAUGUUUUGUGUAAGAUUUUUUGAGAAAUGUUUAAAAUUAAACUUAAGAUUUAUGUUAGCAAAA